ACUGCAUAAGCAUGCAGCAAUGCAUCAGUUCUGGAUCGACUCAUUGCAUUGGCCGAUGGUGGAUCUUUGUGCUGGCGUUGGGGCAAAUUCUGACUUUUUUAAAGGCAAUCUGUAAGAAUGGAGUUGAUUAAAAAUAUACUGGUACCUCCUUUCCUCUGCUUACUAAUUUCUUUGUUGGUGUGUUCAGCGAAUCCGCUUCCUCGAUAUCCAUACAAGGAGAAAUUUUUCGACCAAUUUAUCGACCACUUCAACUCCGAAAGUCAUGGAAAGCAGACCUUCAGACAAAGAUAUUUCGUCACAGAUGAUUACUGGCAGAAGGGCAGCGGACCAAUCUUCUUUUACACUGGCAAUGAGGGGGCUAUAGAAUCAUUUUUUGAUAACACAGGUUACAUAUUUGACAUUGCACCUGAGUUCGGCGCCCUUGUCAUUUUUGCCGAACAUAGGUACUAUGGGAAGAGUCUACCGCUCGGCAACCAGUCUUUCACCCCGGCUAACCUAGGCCUGUUAACGGUAGAACAAGCCCUUGCAGACUAUGCGACACUGAUCACGAGCCUGAAGGAAGAGCCAGGGUUACAGGACUCACCUUUGGUGGUGUUUGGUGGAAGUUAUGGAGGGAUGUUGAGUGCCUACAUGAGGAUGAAAUACCCCCAUCUAGUGGCCGGUGCUCUCGCAGCUAGUGCUCCUGUAUACAGCACAGCCAAUGAAUCAUCCCAAACCUACUUCUUCCAGACGGUCACAAAGGAUUUCUAUGAUGUGGAUACCAAUUGUCCGGACCUCGUGAGGGCGGGCUUCGCCACGCUGGAUCAGUUGGCGGGCCAGGGAACAUCAGGUCUCAACAAAAUCAGUACUGCAUUCCAUCUGUGCAAGUCUCUGGUCUCCAAGGCUGAUUACUAUCAUCUGCUGGGCUGGAUCAGGAACUCGUUUACCUACCAGGCCAUGUUGGACUAUCCUUACUCAGCCUCGUUUAUGGGUAGCCUACCAGCAAAUCCUGUGAAUGUUUCUUGCCACAUGUUACUGAAUGCGUCAACUCCCUUGGAAGGACUAGCUCAGGCUUCAGGCUUGUAUUACAACACCAGCAGCACACCUCUGCAAUGUUUUGACAUCUUUGCUGAGUUCAUCCAGUGUGCAGACCCAACCGGAUGUGGACUAGGUACGGAUAGUACAGCUUGGGAUUAUCAGGCUUGUACCGAGAUUACCUUGCCCGCCGGAAGCAACGGCAAGACAGACAUGUUCCCUGACAUGCCCUUUACUCCCGACAUGAGGACGUCAUACUGCCAGAGCGUAUACAACGUGACCCCGCGACCCGAUUGGCUGAGUAUACAAGGAUUUGGCAAAGGGCUAGCCAGCUCCUCAAACAUCAUCUUUUCGAAUGGUUUACUGGAUCCAUGGAGGCUGGGAGGGGUAGCAAAGGACCUCUCGGAGAGCAUCAUUGCGAUACCGGUCCCUGGUGGAGCGCAUCAUCUAGAUCUCAGAGGAUCUAACCCUAAGGACCCGGAGUCUGUGAUCGAGGCCAGGAGCCAAGAAAAACUCAUCAUCAAGGGAUGGGUCGAAGCCUGGUACCGCGGACACAAGACAGCAUAACACCAUAUGUGAACGUCACCUGCAGCCGGAAGCCCUAGAGGGUUUAGGUCCAGCUUGAUAGACCAGUUCACAAAUGUACUGAAAUAUCCCUUCUUCAAAUUUACUAGAUGAAGUUACAUAAAAGCUUGCCAGAGGUUUAUCUAACAUAUCAUUAACAGAUGUAUACAAGCUGCAUUAUAAUUAUAUAGAUACAAUCAUACAAUACCAGAGAACAGGUACAUUUUAUGAGUUUGUCAUUAGGCUCUUAGGUAUAAACUUCCAUAUAUUUCUAUACAUUUGUGAUUAAUAGUCUUAAUGAUGGAGUGGAUGGAAUUUGAAUGUAUUUUUACUUUUCAUUACAAAUGUACUUAUAUAUAUAUAUAUAUAUAUAUAUAUAUAUAUAACAUGGCACAAAGAACUGAAUAUAUGCAGUUUCAUGUACAUUACAAAAGGAAAGUUUCAUAAAAUGCAGGCCUGAUUGGAUCAUAAAAGUAUGAUUAUAUAUGUAGUUGUGAUCCCUGUUUUAUACAUAACAAUAAAUAGAUCAUCAAUCUAAAAGAAAUCAAAUAUUAAGCAGCACUGUUUUUAUCUCGGAUUUCUAUUUUUUCCAAGAAAAUUGUAGUCUGUAAUUUUUAUGCCCAUGUAUAAGUUUCAAGAUGUUAUCUCAUGCAUAUAUUUUAUGAGAUGAAGCUGUAAAAGGAGAUAUCUUAUAGAAUUUCCUUUUGAAUAUUUUCAUAUAAAAGUAAAAGUAAAAGUAUUAUAAGCUUAGCAGAAAUUGUUAUUUGAUAUUGGAGAGCUAGAAAUUCAUCAUAUAUGAUCAUGUACAGCAUCUUAUAUCUACCUCUCUUACCUUCCCAUAUUAGUGCAAGCUCUAUCUUGAAAUAGUGUAAAUGCAAUUUAUUUUGUUUCAUUUGAAUGUCUUAAUACCUCAUAUUCAUCUUUGGUUUAUUUGUGUGUUAUUUGUUUGUCAUCGACACAGUAUUUACUUUGCUACAUUGUUCUGGGCCCCUGUCUUAUAUCUUAUAGACAGUUGCGAUUAAUUAUAACUUAUUUGUGAUAGAUAUCAAUAACAACUAUGUACAUAAGAGAUAGGAGACUGCAAACUUGGGAUUGAUUGGAGGACUUGCGAUUGAUUCGGUUCAAUCCAAAUCGCAACUCUUUAUAAGACAGAGCUCUGUUGUAUAUCUUCAUAUUCAGGUUCAUAUGCAUUUUAUUUUCAAUGUUCAAGAAUGAUUUUUUUAAUGAUCCCCUACUAGCAUGCGGCAAUCACACUUUGAUUAAAAUAUGAAUAGCAUCAAUAGCAAAACAAUUUUACAUUGAACAAAAAGUUUUAAUAAUAAUGAGAGGGCAAAACAUGCUCAGGGGAGUCAUUGAAUGUGCAACAUCAGUUUUAAAAAUUUAUUUUUACUUUCAACUGUGUAAAAGUUUUCUUUUUCUACCCCUUUUGUAACUGAUUUGACAUGCCUUGUACAAAUUUUAUACUGGAAUUAAUAUGAGACAAAAAGAAAUUUGUAAUAAGGUAAACGUAAUAAUUUUGUAAUUGUUUAAUCAUGUGCUGUCUGUUUUAUAACAAAUGUAGAAAUGGUUGUUUCUUGUCGUACAGUCUGAGAUAAGUAUAAAUUCCAGGUAUCUUAUGAGAUAUUCCAGAUAUUUUACUUUUAUACUGAUGGAUUUUAUUUAGAAAUUUGAAUAAAAUUGUCCAAGACAAGGAGAA